UCGUCCCCACCACCCUAACCACGGCCUCUUCCUCCUCCUCGUCACACGACCCUCUCAGCUCUCUCUCUCGGUCGCCUCAUAGCAAUUGCUUGGCGCCUCACCUUUGGCCCUUCCUCCUUCGCAGCUGUAGCCUCACCGUGGACCCUCCAUGGCAGUGUCGCAAUCGCGGUCCUCUAGAUUGCCUCAAUCUAUGCUCUUCCUUUGACCCUCCCUCGCCGUCGCAGCCUUACCUCCGCUCCCUCAACCUCGCCUCCACCCUCCAUCAUCUCUUUCAACAAUCCUCUCUCUUGGACACGCAUGUCGGAAUGUGUCGAGAAAAGUUGACCACAUGUUGACCGCGUGUCUAAUCGAGCGUAUCAGACAAGUCGACAGGUGUAGGACACGACAUGGAAGCUCUGACAACGUGUCCAUGCUUCAUUGCUCUGAGAUAUAGCUAGGAUUUGAUAUUUGUGGUGUAGGAAUGAUGAGCUCACAGGCAUCGUCCGGACGUUUGUAUGAGGUUUUCCUAAGUUUUCGAGGACUAGAUACCCGUUAUGAGUUCACAGAUUGUCUUUACCGUAGCUUAGUUGAGGCUGGGAUCAAUGUCUUUAGGGACAAUGAAUCCCUCCAUGUCGGUAUGGAAAUAGGUGGUGAACUUCUACGAGCAAUUGAGAACUCUAAAAUCUACAUUCCCAUAUUCUCCAAGAAUUAUGCUUCGAGUAAGUGGUGCCUUCGAGAGCUCUCACACAUGGUUGAGUGCACCUUGAAAUCAAAUGGGAACAAAGAGAUUCUGCCAAUUUUUUUGAACGUGGAACCUGCAGAUGUCAAGCUCCAAACAAACUUGUAUACACAAAAUCUUUCAAAGCGCCAAAAGACGUUAUGCACUGAAGUGGAGUCAUGGGAAAGGGCUCUCAUUGAGGUGAGCAAGAUAAAGGGAUGGAACUGGAAGAAAAAUGAGGGGCAAGGAGAUCUGAUACAUUCUGUAAUUCAAACGCUUUGCUCUAAGCUGAAGGUUGCACAUGAAAAUGUGACUGAACAUCUAGUUGGAGUUGAUGAUCGUGUGGAAGCUAUAAUCAAGAUGUUGGAUGUGGGAUCUGAUGGUGUACGAUUUCUUGGAAUCCAUGGCAUGGGCGGUGUUGGCAAAACAACCCUUGCUAAGGUCGUCUUCAACACGCUAUCUUCUAGCUUUGGCCAACCCUGUUUCCUUGCAGACGUUCGAGAAUCAUCUAAAGGCAAUAAUGGUAUGCUAAAUUUGCAAAAACAAUUGUUAUCCAAGCUCCUCGGUUCUCAUUCUAUAGAUCACAUGUAUCAUGUGAAUGAUGGGAUCGUAUUGAUGAACAAAGGAGUACUUAAAAAUAAAAACAUUAUCAUUGUUCUUGAUGAUGUGGAUGAGAAAGAUCAAUUGAAAUGUCUAGCAGAGAAAGGAGAUUGGUUCGGUUCUGGUAGUAGGAUUAUCAUAACUACUAGGGACCGAGAUGUCCUAAUGAAUGAGGGAGAAGCAAUUGGUAAUGGCCCUGUAAAAAAGUCUGCAAACGUUUUGACUUAUGAUGUGCAGGAGAUGGAAUUUGGUCAUGCUCUUAAGCUUUUCAGUAGGCAUGCCUUUAGAAGAGACUCUCCACCAGAUCAUCGUGUCUCCCUUUCCAAAAAAAUUGUCCGAAUUUUGGGAAAGCUUCCUUUAGCUCUUGAGAUUACAGGUUCAUCUCUUAACGGUAAAUCUGAAGAAUUAUGGGAAGACAUGUUGAAGAAGCUAGAAGAAGCUCCUUCCAGGGGAGUCCAAAGAAAAUUGCUGAUAACUUAUGAAAGGUUAGAUCAUGCACAAAGGCAAGUAUUUCUCGAUAUAGCUUGCUUUUUUGUUAAUCGGGACAAAACUUACCCUUUCUACUUGUGGAGUGCUUGUGGAUACCACCCACACAAUGCCAUUGAAGUUCUCACUAAUAUGUCCUUGAUAAAAAUCAAAGAUGACAAUACUUUCUGGAUGCAUGACCAAGUACGGGAUCUUGGAAGGGACAUUGUCCGUCAAGAGAAUUGCAACAAUCCUUGCGAGCGUAGUAGAGUGUGGAAUCAUGAGGAAACGCUAAGCAUUUUGAGACAGAAAGAGGGAAGUAAGAAAAUAGAAGCAUUGUCACUAGGAUUUCGUGGAUUCCUUCCUGAACUCAUGUUUCUAGAGCAUGAUGUAUUUGCUCAUUUACAAAACUUGAGGUUCUUUCAAGGGGAGAUGGUGUCUUUUGUUGGAGACUUCAAUAAUCUUCUCUAUAAUUUAAGAUGGCUUUCUUGGCAAUGGUGGCAUUCCAAUUUUGAGGCAAUAAACUUUCAUACACCUAAUUUAGUUGUUCUUGACCUUUCACGGAGCAAUAUUUCGGAGGAAUGGGCUGGUUGGAACCAAAUCAGAGCUAGUAAACUAAAAGUACUGGAUCUUAGCUAUUGCCACUCAUUAAGGAGAACACCUGAUUUAUCUAUGUGGGUGUCCUUGGAGAGAUUGGUUGUUAAAUGCUGUCGCGAAUUAAUUGAAAUUGACCCAUCUAUUGGUAAAUUAAAGCUCCUAACUGCUUUGAACUUGGAGGGAUGUCAGUAUGUUCAAGUGUUGCCCGAAGAAAUAGGAUGUUUACAAGCUUUGAGAGAGAUUGUCAUACCUGAUACGCUACAUGAACUUCCGGAGGCAUUCGGUAAUUUGAAGUCAUUGUUGACCUUUGAUUUCUCAUAUAGGCAGAUUAGGAAGCUGCCACACUCGAUUGGAGGGAUGGUGAAACUUACGGUGUUGAGAUUAUGUAAUUGUAAAGAGAUAAAGGAACUUCCAAACUCGAUUGGGAAAUUACAAUCACUAAAUGAGUUGGAUUUGUCAUGGACAGCUAUUGACCACCUACCUGAUUCAAUUGGCAAUCUAAAGCAACUAAAAGUACUUAGGAUGAGGAACAUAAGUGGGAUAACAAAAUUACCAAGAGCAAUCGGGCUGUUGGAGAAGCUUGAAGAGUUAGACGUUCAUCAAUGUUUCAACUUGACCGGCAAAAUCCCUGGAGAAAUUGUUGGACUGUCCUGUUUGAAGAUCCUAGACUUGUCAUUCACAGGUAUAUCCAGAUUGCCCACCACGGUGAGUUGCCUUUCUAAUCUCCAAAUACUUAAGCUAGAGCCAUGUCCUGCGCUUAAACAGUUGCCGGAGCUUCCCCAAAGCUUGACUUGCCUGAGAUGGGCCCCCAAUUGUGGAUGGGAAUCCUUCGGAGGCUUGACGCGAGAUGAGCUGACAAGACCUCCUGCUCCUCCCAUUAGAGUUGGUAUAAUAUCUCAGCUGGAAGCACUUGCCAUUGCUCUUCCCACUAGCAUCAGUACCCUAUCUCACCUGGAAACACUAACAUUGUCCUGCAAAAAUGUGCAAUGCCUUCCCCUGCUUCCCUCUAGUUUAAGAAAGUUACACCUUCGGUAUCUGACGAUCACACAAUCCCCUGAUUUUUCCAAUUUGAAAAACUUGUCAAUCUUGUCAUUCUAUGAUUGUUCAAUGCCAGAAUUUGCUGGUAUAUUUGAUGCGGAGCUAGAGGUCUUCCAUAUUGACAACUGCACAUUCGGAAAAUUGGACGCAUUGAUUCAGUUGGAAAUGGAAAGAUUGAUAUCUUUAACCAUGUUUUGGUCUGAGUUCCUCCCAAAAUUACUUGAUUUGUCGCACAUGAAAAAUCUGCAAGACGUAAUUCUGUUCGAUUGCAAAUUGUUAGUUGAGAUUCGUGGCCUUGAAGAGCUGGGAUCCCUUUGCUCCCUAUGGGUUGAAGAUUGCAGUUCCCUGGAGAGGAUGUCAGACCUAUCGAAAUUGAAAAAGCUAACGAAGCUUAGAGUAGGAAACUGUCCAAAGUUAAGAAGCGUGGAAGGUCUUGAUCACUUGGAAUCUUUAAAGAGGUUGACUAUUAUCAAUGCUGGAGAGUUUGGGGGUGACACCUCAAAUUUGAAUUUAGAAUAUUCAUGUAUUAGGUGACACCUCUCAGCCUUUGUUGAAGUCAUGAUGGCACGUUUUACAAGUUCGGCGGAUCCGCACCUUCUCAGCUUGUCCGGCAAUUAUGAUGUUGUGUCUGCGAGGAAUUCUGGACAGGAAUUGAUUGUUGGGUUUAUUGUGCUCCUUUCUUUUUAUACAAGAAGGAUUUCCAACGGCCCCAUUAAGAUUGAGAGUUCUUUUGAAGAUGAGGCAUAUAGGGAGUAGAACGUUGAAAAGCUCGGCAUAUGAACUCGACCAAGAAUGACAUCGUCCCCGAGACUUAAUUCGCCCCUGGAACUCGAGCACAGAAACGGUGCGAGUUCCUCAGAGACGUGAGCAAUGGAGAAAGAAUUAAUUAAGCACUAUCUUGGAAAUGUUGAAGAACGGACCAGAGACUGAGAGGAGCACUGCAAGGACGUAGAGGCGUAGCCAAAUUAUUUGUCUUCUGCUGCGGAUUACGCUUACAAAGACAUAAAGUGGAGCCCAAGGCACGCUCAAAUAAUGCUAAAACUUGUGGUGCGUAACAGCAAUAUCCUCACUUUCUACGACUUCAUCUACAACUUUAUCAGCAGGGGAAAGGUUCCACUCCAUAAGGUUCUUUCUCAGAGCUUUGAUAAUACGGUCAGGCCUCUUCAGAAUAAAGAACGGGCAGCUGAAGUAAUAGAGUUUUUACAUAUUCCCAAGGGUGUGAGACGGGUGCUAUUUUGAACCCUUGAUACUGCUAGGUAAAUUUCUAUUCCUAAAUUCCUUUUGUGGGUCAUCGUUAGCUGAGCCAAUGUGGGAUUUUCAGAUUGUUGGAGCACUCAUAUGAGUAUCUUAAUAUAUUGUGGUAUUAGUAAGUGCUAUGAUUAGAAGGAAAAUUUUGAUUUGUGCUCUAUUUCGUUCAAAGAUGGCUUAUGUACAAAAAAGAGUUCGACACAAGCUACAUGGGAUUCAUGAUAGACGGAGCAAAAUGGUUGGUAGAAAACAGACAUUAAACUUGUUGCUGGAAUUCGUCCCUCUUUACUGCUUUUAUGCAAUCUUAGUGAGAUAAUUUUUCUUUUUCUUUUUGUUGGUGUAUGAUGGUUUGCUUCACUGUCAUCUUAUCUUCACCUUUUACCCAGACUCACUGAUUUGUAGUAUACUUGAUGAUGUUUCUCCAUUGUUACCAAGAAACCAUGCUAGGAUAUAUUUUUCUAUUAGGUACCUACCUUUUCUAUUACCACCAAUUUUACUUGCAACUUCACUACAAGCAAAUGUUAUUUUUCUUGGGCAUGGCAAGAAAUGCAUACUUUCAUCUUGUUUGAA